UUUCUUGGUCUUGCUCGGCCCCCUCAACCAUUAUUCCAAAAGAAAAGAAUUGCAGAGGGUUUUUCUGCAUCUUCCCCAAACUGAAUCGCCCCCUCAACUCUUAGAUUUGAUCGCUCCAGUGGCAAUUCGAAGAACAAACGCAAAGAGUUACAGUUACAGCUAGAGACUGGAAAAAUGCCUCUAUAUGAUUGUAUGCUUCUACUGAAACCUCAUGUGAAGAAGGAGGCGUUGAAGGACUUGGUAGCAAGAGUGGGAAAACAUGUUUACAGUAGGAAUGGGGUUCUUACUGAUAUCAAAUCAUUUGGGACAGUUCAGUUGGGCUACGGUAUUAAGAAGCUUGAUGGAAGAUACUACAAGGGCCAACUGAUGCAGAUGACUAUGAUGGCUACACCCAAUAUCAACAAGGAGCUACAUUACCUGAACAAGGAAGACAGGUUGCUUCGAUGGCUUCUAGUUAAACACCGGGACUCAAAUUAUGGGCUGGAAUUCCUUCACGAAAAUGAAGAAGAUGAGUUCAAAUUUUCUCAAGGCAGUUUAUAUGAUGAUGAUAGUGACGAAGAUGAUGAUGAUGAUGAUCGUGCUGAAUAUGAUGAUGCAGAAGAGGCGAGCAAGGAGAACGAUGGGCUAUAGAAUUUCUUCUUUCUUGUCUUUUGUGCUAAGGUUAAGUAGUUUGCCUUUGGAUUUUGAGUUUACCAUUCUCGUUCAGUUCCGACCUCAGGCACCUCGACCAGAGUUCUGUUGUUAUGACUAUUUUCUGAUAAAUAAGUUAGCUUAGUAUUAGAUUUGUAAAACAUGAAGCUUUCAUUUGUGUAAUCUGAAAAUUUUUGUUUGGAUGGGAGGAAUCUAUUGAUAAACAUUUUUCUCUUAA